CAAGAUCUGACAAAAUCACCGGAUCUUACUGCGUCAUUUUGCGCUACUCUUCUGUGCAGGGCAAAUAUAUCUCGAAUGAGGUUUCUGUCUGAUUGGGCCACCUGCGUCCGAACUGAACCGUGAUCCAAUUAGGACGACAUGAAGGACGUGAAGACAACAGACGUAAAACCAAGACCAACCGAAGAUGAUGAGCCUGGAAAUUGAAUUAGAGGAAGCCUUCGCCAGUAAUCAAGUUGAAAAAAUUACAGUUGCUCUUCUUGAGGAGAAAUCUUCAAAGACUUCCGUUAACAGACUGGACAAAGUAGCUAAUAAGGAACUGGACAAAAACGAAUUUGGACACGUAACUUUGCUAUUAAAAGGCAUCGAAAGCUUAUGUUUGAGCAAUGGGGAAGACGUCAUCAACAAUUUUGUCCAACAAGGACUGGUUGCAAAGAUGUUAAUGUGGUUUGAAAGGGCUUUGGAAUUUCUGAAGAUUGAAGAAAUGCGUUCCAAUAAAUUCCUGCCAAAUCUUAUCGAGGAAUGCUAUGACGCGGCUUUGAGUAUUUGCAAGAUAAGCACGGAAGGAAAAAAUCAAAUGCAUGACACAUUUGUUCUGCGGUUAGGAAUGCUAGUGACCGAUCCCGAUGUUAUGUUCUGUCUUCGAUUGGAGGGUAUAAGGACAAUUAAUUCAAUUCUUGACAUUGCCACCAAAGAAGACCGGAAGAAGAUGAGCUUGUCUGAACAACAUUGCUCACUUCUGGAAGAGCUUGCCAAACUGAUUGUGGACGCCGGUGAUUAUGAAAUACAGGUGGCCAUUUCAGAAGCUCUCUGCCGCAUGACUUUAAAAAAAUGGAGGGAAGACCUGGUUUACCAGUGGUUUGUAAAUCCAGAUUUUGCAAACUCCUUCAAGGAGAUAAAUGAUCGGGAAUUUGAAACAGACUGCCGAAAAUUUCUCAACAAAGUGAACAGUUCCCUUGGAGACAUACGGAGGUGUUAA